GCGGAAGUGCGGGGCUGUACGGUGGAAGGAGCGCGGGUCUGGCGGCGGGGUGUCUGCUGUUUUCUCUGCGGAGAAGGCGUUUACGUGUGCUGGGCUGGGAAAUCCUGCUCUGGGGCCUUGAAGCCUUGAAUCACCGGUGGAAAUUGUUUCAAAGUCAGCCGAGUUACUUGCAGAGCCCUAAUCGACAAGCCGUGUCUAGUGUCUGGAGUCGCCAAAAAAGUCUUUCUCCAGGCAAAUGAGUAACUGAGCAAGUCAAAUGUGCACAGCACGAAGCUGCUUUCUCCCACCUGGGGAGGAGAUGGCUGGAUGGAAAUCAGGAAAAUCCAGCCACGGGCAACAAUUAAACAACAAGAAAAGCAACUCCAGCUAAAGUUUGUGUUGGAAUCAGCCUCAGGGUCCACCUCUCCUUCUCCCGCAUCUGUGGGUUUCUGUGUGACCAGAGCCUGGCCUGAGCACACUGUGGGGAGAAGGGGAGACGUGUCUGCCUGGUAUCCAGGCAGGUUUCUGUGGAGUCACAGGAUGGCAGCCAUGGUCCUGUCCCCCACCUGCACUCCGUCUUCCCUGUGCCCGGCCUCGCCUCCAGAAGGAUGCACAGAGGAGGAAGCCUUGGUUCACGGCUUCCUGACACACUGGUUACCGGACUUAGUGACCUUGGAGGAUGUAGCCGUGGAGUUCACCCGGGAGGAGUGGGCACUGCUGGACCGCUCGCAGAGGACGCUGUACCGCGACGUGAUGCAGGAGAACCGCAGGAACCUGGCAUCGCUUGGGUACCACAUCGACAAGCCCAGUCUGACCUCCCAGCCGGAGCAGGAAGACAAAGGCAUGGCAGAGGAGAGAGGAACUCUCCCAGGUGCCUGUCCAGGUUUGGAGACCGGACUUAAAGCCAAAUGGUUAACUCCUAAGAAGCAUGUUCUUAGGAAAGAUCAUCCUAACGGUGUAAAAGCGGAGAGAAAUCAUCUUGGAGUGAAACUCAAUGAAUGUAAUCAGUGUUUUAAAGUCUUCAGCACAAAAUCUAACCUUACUCAGCACAAGAGAAUUCAUACUGGCGAAAAACCCUAUGACUGCAGUCAAUGUGGGAAGUCCUUCAGCAGCCGGUCUUAUCUGACCAUUCAUAAGAGGAUACACAAUGGAGAGAAGCCCUAUGAGUGCAGUGACUGUGGGAAAGCCUUCAAUGAUCCCUCGUCCCUGAGACUGCAUGUGAGGAUUCACACGGGGGAGAAACCGUAUGAAUGUAACCAGUGUUUUCACGUCUUCCGCACCAGCUGUAACCUCAAAAGCCACAAGAGGAUUCACACAAGAGAGAAUCACCACGAGUGUAAUCAGUGUGGCAAGGCCUUUAGCACGAGGUCCUCCCUGACUGGACACAACAGUAUCCAUACAGGAGAGAAACCGUACGAGUGCCAGGACUGUGGGAAGACUUUUAGGAAGAGCUCAUAUUUGACCCAGCACAUGAGAACUCAUACUGGGGAGAAGCCCUAUGAGUGUAGUCAGUGUGGCAAGUCCUUCAGCAGUAGCUUUUCCCUUACUGUGCACAAGAGAAUUCAUACCGGUGAGAAACCCUAUGAAUGCAGUAACUGUGGGAAAGCCUUUAAUAAUCUCUCAGCUGUUAAGAAACAUGUGAGAACUCACACUGGAGAAAAGCCCUACGAAUGUAAUCAUUGUGGAAAAUCUUUCACCACUAACUCUUACCUUUCAGUGCACAAGAGAAUACAUAAUAGGUGGAUAUGAGCACAAUAACUGGGAAAGCAUUUGAUGACGUUGUAUCCCUCAGACAGCUGGCAGUAACAUGCGCUUAAUGUAUGAGUCAUCUGUUGCCGCAGCACACAUGUUCCUCCAAAACAUAAUGGCUUCAAGCAAUAUACAUUUAUUAUGUCACAAUUUCUGGAGGUCAGCAGUUUGGAAACGGCUUCACUGUGUAGUUGUGGCCCAGGAUCUUUCAUGAGGCUGGGGUCAAGAUGUCAACUGGAGCAACAAUCAUCUUAGUCUUUGGCCCUGAAGAGUCCACGUCCAAAACGGCUAACUCAGCAUGCCUGGCAAGUUAAGUGCUGCUUGUUGGCAGGGAACCUUCCCUACCUCACUCUCCACGGGGCUGGGUAUCUUUAUGAUGUAGCAGCAGGUUCCACUCAAAGCGUUUGAGCUGGAGGGAGCGAAUGCAGAAGGCACAUGACUUUUGUGACCCAGCCUGAGCAGGGCAUAGCACUUCUCCCGUACUGUAUUGGUCAUGCAGGCCAAGCCUAAUGCAACGCAGGGAGAAACUUGGCAAGGUGGGUGUACCUGGAGACAUCAUUGGGAAGCGCCUGAGAAGCUUGCUGUGAAAAUGGUGAAGAAAAUCCUUCAGACCCUCAUGCUUUCUAGUCUGUUUGACAUGAAGUAGCAUUCAGCUACCCUCAUGCUCAUGCACUCAAGAGAAGCCUCGUAAGUGCAAUCUUCGUGGUAAGCUUCUUCCAGCUCAAACUGAACCUCAUGUACGCCAAAGACUGCAUAUGGGGAGAAACGAAGGAAUGCGGUAGCUUUAGGGAAACGAGUGGUAUCUCUACGGAGUCAUGUGAACAUUAAUGCUUGUGAAUAUCAGAAUGCAGAAGCCUUCAGGGACGCUCACCCCUCAAAGCACACAUUGAGAAGUCACUGCAGAAGAGCACUUGUAUAAGGAAUGUGGAAAACCCUGCAGCACCAGCGUUCCCCUUACUGAGCAAAAGACGGUGAGAUACUCUGAAUGCACUUACUCUGGGAAGCGCUGAAUGUUGUCUCAAUUUUUAAGAGACACGAUUGAUUCUGGAAAGAAAGUCCCAUUAAGUGUCAUCGAUACUGGAAAGCUUCUCAUUUUUCCCACAUUCCUUAGGAAACUGAGAACUCCCAACAAAGAAACUUGUGAACCUAAAAAACGAGAGAAAGCCUUUAACAAAGACUCCUACGUUAAGAAAAAUAUGAAAUUCUUCCUGGAUGCAAAUGCUUGAGAGGGUAUUAAUUUUGGAAGAUCUUCAGUGAUUCUUGUUUUUGUUGACUUGUGUGAACUCGACAGCGGAAGGAAACUCUAAAAACAUGAUAAAUAUGAGGAUACUUGAGCUCUUUACUGAGUGGUCCCCAAAUAAUUUAAACUUGGAAUGGAAAGUUAAUGCUAUGACUGUGGGUUUACCUUUAUCCAUAUCUCAUCCUUAGGUUGAGCCACUAACUCAUAGAUUUUCAGUCUUUUGUUUUAGUGUAAACAUUUAUGAAAUUGUGUCCCAUAGUUUUUCUAUCUAAUAUGUUUACUAUGAUUUACUCUUUAAAAAUAGCAAUGACUAGCAUACUUGAAAAGGUAUUUCUGAAUAUUUCCUGAAUGAGUUUAUCAGAGUGGAAGUGACUUAAUAUUUAUAUAUGCUUUUAAAAACGCAAUGGCAUUUUUGUCAAGGAAGUGGACUUCAUGAUGUUGUUUAUCUUUCUGUCCUAGGAUGGCAGUUUUGGUUAGCUUCUUUCCCAGUGUCCCAUUCUCCCUUACUCAAAACAAUCUUUUGUUCAAGUUGUCAAUGGUUAGUAUUGAAAAUACUCAACCCUCAGGGCUUCCCUGAAGCCCAGAAUGGUGGUGUCCUGUCUGCUGGCAUGAGAGGCAGGUAGAAGUCACUAGGGGAGUGUCAUCUGGCUUGUUCACUUUCCUGUUCUUUCUCUGGAAAGUGGACUCAAGGCCUAGAGUUGGAAGAGCUAUAUUUUGAUGAUGAAAAAAAACAGUGUGACAAAAAAUCCUAGUGAUACGGGUUCCCCACAAGCCUGUGAUUGGCUGUAUCGGUUCUGGACCUCUUACCCUUAGACUUUUCCUUACAUGAUUAAAAGUAACCUCUAGCUGGUUGAUGCCAAAGUGAUUUGGGGGUUAUUUUUUUGAGGCAGUGGUCUGUUAACGUCAAGGGGGAUGUGAUAGCUAACUGGUAAACCUAUUUGUUGGUUGGAUUUUAUAAAUGCUUCAGUUCUUUGAAAACAAUGUGUAUUUUCUAAUUUUUACAUAGAAUAUAUACCCAUUAACUUAAGGUAAUUGUGUGUCCAGAUCUAGUAUGUACCUAAGAUUUUUGUCUUCAGACUUCUUUAGCAAUAGAUAUUAAAGCUUUCUUUCUGCCAUGGGUGUAGAAUAAUAGAUUUUUUUUUUUUUGCUGUUUGUCAUCUUUAUGUAUUUUGAUGUAAUGUAACUACACACAGCAUUAGUUUUUUUAGUGAAUUUUUCCUUUUUAUGUAGGGGCCAUAUUUGUGGUGAAGUAUUUUGAUAUAUUAAUAAAUCAUUGAACAUUUAUAUAGCCCUUCCCAUACACCAGGCACUCUUCUGAAUGCCUUACAAGUAUUAACUUAUUAAAUACUCAAUAUAAGCUUAAGAAAUACGUGCUAUUAUUGUCCCCAUUUUACAGAUGAGAAAACUGGUAUGGUACACUUAUGUUACCUGCCUGAGUUGACUGGCUAGUAAAUGUCAGAAGUCAGAUUUGAACCCAGACAGUCUGUGCUCUUAACUCGUAGCCAAUUUAUGGGUAUAUUCUAUAUGCCAAGCACUGUUUGAGAUGCUAGUAUCUAUAGCAAUGAAUGAAUCUCAAGUUUUGCUCUUGAAGCAUUCUGGUAUGAGAAAUACAACUUACAGGAAAAUCAAGAAGAUGUAAGAUUUUUGUGGAAGAGUAAAGAAAGCAUUGCCGGAUAGUUAAGAGGAGUUGGGAUCUUGCUAUUUUGUAUAAAUCAGGAAAGAAAAACCUCUUAAUUUUGAGGGGCAGACACCUUACUGAGUUGGGACCAUGAGUCACCUGAGUUUGUGUGGCUAGGGCAGUCUUGGCGUGCAAAGGAUGUAGUCAGAGGCUUGCUGGGUCCUGAUCUAAUUGGGUUUUGUGUGUGACCAGUAGGACUUUUCCUUCUGCUUUCAGUGAGUUGGCAUAUUAGAGUCCAGGCAGGUAACAACAGACUCACUCAGACUAGGACGAUUCAAGUGGAGUUUCUUGAAGGGGCUACUUGCAGAGUGGUGAACAGUAUGUAGGAAUUCGUUAAUGUACGUAAAGCACUUAUGAGAUCUCUUGGUAUAUAGGAAACAUAUAUAAUUUCACCUUUUGUUAUGAAUGGGUGAACUUUGAUUGUAAUAUACUGAACAAAAUAAGCCACACAAAAAGUAAAUAUUCUAUAAUUUUGUUUGUGUGAAUUUCAAGAACAGGCCAAAAAUCUGUGAUAGGAGAGAAAGAGCAGUGACUGCAUCUAAGCUCAGGUUGCAUGGGAGGGGUUAGGCAGGGGCAGGGAUUGUCUGGGAGGGGGCACGAAGGAACUUCAUGGGGUAUUUCUAAAAUACCACUGUAAAAAAGAAAAAAACAGUGUUCUUUGCAGAAAUGGUUGAUUCCAGGGAUGGUGUAGGGGUAAUACAACCUGAUCCUGAAAUACCUCUGAAGGAUCUUCUAAUGGAAAAGAAAGGUUGAUGAGAAGCCCCAAAACUGUGCCUAAAAAUUCCCCUCAGGUCCUUAACCCCUAAGUGAUUGUGUAUAGGGGAAGACUAGGGAGCUUAGAAGAGAAGAACUACCAGAAUAACUUCAGAUGCUGAAGAGUUGUACAGGAAUUUCAGAGAGAUGGAGGUUGGUGUUUGGACUCAUCUGGGAUGGAAUGAUCUUGGUUAAACGAAAAACAACCCUGGGUUCCAAUUAUGACCCAAGGAAUGUCACACCCUGAGAGGAAGCACCAUGCAUUAAGAGUAAGGACUACCUUUUAAAAGCCAAUGCAAAACUGAAAUAGAUUGUUCCUUAUGGAGUCCAAAAUACAGCCUUCAUAGGUUCAAGGCAGUCCAUUACUACUAUAACUUCCCACCAUGAUAAAACCUAACCUUUAGAGGAAGGUUACAUGAUUAAGGGCCUCUACAAAGUAUUAUUCACAAGUUUCAGCACACAAGAAGGGUCCUAGACAUGCAAAGCCACAGGAAAAUGUUCUCAAUUAUGAAAUAUAAAUCAAUUGGAGCAGACCCAGAGACGAUCCAGAUAUUGGGGUUAGCAGGCAGGGACUUCAAAAUAAUGGAAUAAUAUGUUCAGGAAAAUGGAGAAAACAUGGUCAAGUUGUAGAAAAAGAAGGACAAAUUUCAAAUCUUCAACCAAAGAAAAAGAACACAUUGCUCUCGAACAGCAGUAAGACUGAUAACUUUUCAAAAGCUAUGGGAGCAAGAGAACAAUGAAUGACAUCUGACCUCUAAAGCGCUGAAUGGAAAAAAAAAUACCUGUCAAUGUAAAAUUUUAUGACCCAAGAAAAAUGUUCUUUGAAAAUGCAGACACAUUGAAGAUGUGUUCCAACAGGGGUUUUAAAAAAAAAAAAAAGCCAAUGCUGAAAGCAUCAACAGCAGAACUCUACUUCAAGAGAAAACUAAAGACAGUUUCAGGCUGAAGGAAGGUGAUUCCAUGCAGACACACAUCACUCCAGGAACGAUGAUCAGGAAACAAAAUGUAAGUAAAUAUAAAUGACUAUUGAUUGUAUAAAACAACUCUGUGAAGUUUUACAACUAUGUAAGUCUAAAACUUCUUCAAAAUAAAAUGCUUAUUAAAAACA